AUGGAAGGGAAGGUGUCCUUGAAUCAAUACUUGAUAUGGGUGAUGUUACUACUGUUGGGGCAGCUACAUGGAUACAAAAGCUGUAUUGAGAAAUAACGGAAGGCGUUGCUAGAGCUCAAGGAAUACCUGAUCUCGACUUCUCAAGAUGGAGAUCGCGACUUUGUUCUCCCUACUUGGAGUAAUGACACAAAGAGCAAUUGCUGCCUGUGGGAGGGCGUUAAGUGCACUCGUACAAGCCUACGGGUGACUGAGAUCGCCUUUGGUUAUUUGUUCCUGAAAGAGCAUUCUCUCUUUAAUCUUUCUUUGUUGCAUCCCUUUGACGAGGUUCGAAGUCUGGACUUAUCCCGGUGCGCUUUUAGUGCCUUGUUUGAUGAUAUGGAAGGUUAUAAAAGCUUAAGUAGAUUAAGGAACCUGGAGAUCUUGGAUCUCUCUUCAAAUGAGUUUAACAACAGCAUCUUUCCCUUUCUUAAUGCUGCGACAUCACUUACAACUCUGUUUCUUCGGAACAACUACAUGAAUGGCCCUUUUCCUGUUAAAGAACUGAAAAACUUGACAAACUUGGAAUUGCUGGAUCUGAGUGUAAACGACUACAACGGUUCCAUGCCAGAGUUUACUCACCUGAAAAAGCUGAAAGCUCUGGAUCUAAGUGGCAAUGGUUUUUCUAGCUCAAUGGAAUUGCAAGAACUAAAGAAUAUGACUACUUUGGAAGUCCUGGGUCUAGCUUGGAAUUACUUCAGCGGACCAAAGCCAAUAGAAGUUUUAUGUGAAAUGAAGAAUCUGCAGGAGCUAUAUCUCAGUGGAAAUGAAUUUGUUGGUCAGCUUCCUCUGUGUUUGGGAAGCUUGAACAAGCUACGUAUUCUUGACCUCUCAUACAACUAUUUAAGUGGGAACCUAUCAUCUAGUUUCAGUACCCUGGAGUCUCUUGAAUAUCUAUCGUUGUCAGAUAAUAACUUCGAAGGCUUGUUGUCACUCGAUGCAAUAGCCAACCUCACGAAUCUCAAGGUGUUCAAACUAUCAUCACCAGCUGAUAUAAUACAAGUAGAUACAGAAAGUACAUGGAUUCCUAAAUUUCAAUUGACUAUAGCUGCACUACCGUUUUGCGGCUUGGAGAAGAUCCCAAACUUUCUAAUGUACCAGAAGAAGUUGCGUGUACUUGAUCUAUCCAGCAACAGAAUAUCCGGAAACAUUCCUACCUGGCUGUUGGCUAAUAAUCCAGAACUUGAAGUCCUACAGCUGCAGAAUAACUCAUUCACUAUCUUCGAGAUUCCUACUACAAUACUGCCUAAGUUGCAGUUCUUGGAUUUUUCAGCAAAUGAUAUCGGUGGAGUGCUCCCUGAUUAUUUUGGCCAUGUGCUUCCGAGUCUGCUACAUGUGAAUGGCACUCAUAAUGAGAUUCUAGGGAACUUGCCAUCAUCUAUGGGUGAGAUGAAGAACAUUUCAUUCCUGGAUCUGUCUCACAAUAACUUCUCUGGGGAACUACCUAGAAGCUUAUUCACAGGUUGUGUUUCAUUACAAAUCCUGCAGCUCUCUCACAACCAACUUGGUGGACAUAUUCUUCCAGGACAGACUAACCUAACAUCACUCAUUGUGUUGCGGAUGGAUAACAACUUAUUUACAGGGGAGAUUGGGACAGGUUUGCUUACCUUGGUUAAUUUGUCAGUACUUGACGCGUCCAACAAUCGCCUUACAGGUACGUUGCCACCUUCCCUGCUGGCCGUUUAUCAUCUUCAAUUUCUGGACCUCUCUGGAAACCUAUUAUCUGGUGAACUACCGUCGUCACAUGUGAAUUCUAUGUAUGGGAUAAGUAUGUUCCUACACAACAACAGCUUAACGGGGUCAAUCCCGGUCAAGCUGUUGGAAAAUGCUAAGAUACUUGAUCUGCGGAACAAUAAACUCUCUGGAAGUAUCCCACAGUUUGUCAAUACCGGGGAAAUGAGAAUUUUUCUGUUGAAGGGGAACAAUUUAACAGGAUCUAUACCAUGGAAGCUAUGUGAUAUGAGAAAUAUCACUCUCCUUGAUCUUUCAGACAACAAGCUCAAUGGAACCAUACCUUCAUGCCUUUAUAAUUUAUCAUUUGGAUCAAGGGAAGAAGAGGAGAUGACAAGUAGCUCCUUUGGGGCAUUUGACUUUGGCUUUGUUGAAAGCCUUGAAUUCGAAUUUUACAAAUAUACAUUCUUGGUAGAAGAGUUCAGUGCACUGGAGGAACACUUGAUUAUAUGUAUGGCUUGGAUCUGUCUAGCAACGAAUUAAGUGGUGUUAUCCCAGCUGAGCUUGGAGAACUCUCGAAAAUACGAGCAAUGAAUCUGUCUCGCAAUUUCUUGUCGAGUUCUAUACCAGAUAGCUUCUCCAAACUGAAGGACAUUGAGAGCCUUGAUCUUUCUUAUAACAUGUUACAUGGAGACAUCCCUAGUCAACUAACCAGCCUCACUUCUCUUGCUGUCUUCAACGUCUCCUACAACAAUUUAUCAGGCAUCAUUCCCCAAGGAAGGCAGUU